UAAAAAUCGAGAAUAUUUAUAUCAAAUUUAGUCAUUUUAUAAUAAAUCGUCUCAUGUGAGAACAUUUUAAACUAUCAGACAAUGUCUGCUGCAUCAAAAUUUCCCAUCCAAUCGACAGCAGGAGCUGUUCCUGUCAAAAAUGAAAAAGGUGAACUGUCAAUGCAGAAAGUUAAAGUCACAAGAUAUGUGGCAGGAAAGAGGCCAGGUUAUGCACCUUCAUCCAGCGAUGAGGAUGAUGAAGAAGAAGAUGAAUUUGUUCAGGAGCAACGUGAACCAGUUGACAUCCUUAUGGACAGGCGGUUGAAAGAGGAAUAUGAUAAAGCUGAGGAAACUGACAGACGUUUAAAGCGAUUACAAGGUCGAGAACGGACAGAUAUAUCAGAGGUUGUAAGAGAACGACAUCUUGAAGAACCAGAAGUUCUUGCAACUGGUGAAGAUCAACAAUCUGAAGAUGAGGAAACAGUGCACAUGCAAAGGCAACAUUACAUGGAGGAGAGCAGUGGUGAUGAAGAUGAAGAAGAAGUUGAUGAUGCUGAGUUUGACAGGAGAAGAGCUAUACUAAGGCAAAGAAUUGCACAGAAAGAAGCACAAACUGAUUUGUUAGAUGUUGAGGAGGAACCAAAGUCUGACCAUGACCAAGAGGAGGAAGAUGAGUCAUCAGAGUAUGAAGAGUAUUCAGAUUCAGAUGAAGAAUUUGGGGCCCGACUUAAACCUGUCUUUGUUAGAAAAUCAGACAGAGUGACAAUCCAAGAAAGAGACAAGAUGACUCUGGAUGAGGUGAAAGAGGAAGAAAAAAAGAAAAAAAUUAUGGAAGAAAGACGAAGAACUUCCAGAAAGUUGGUUGAAGAGAUUAUUCACAAGGAAAUACAAGCAGAACAAGGAGUUGAAAAAGAAGAAGAUGUUGUGAUCACUGAUGAUGAAAAUGACGAAGAAGAGUAUGAGGCAUGGAAGGUCCGAGAGUUGAAAAGAAUUAAAAGAGAUCGAGAAGAAAGAGAAUUGAUGGAGAAAGAAAAGAUUGAGGCAGAACGUCUCCACAAUAUGACAGAGGAAGAAAGAUUGAUUGAAUUGAAGAAUAAUCCAAAAAUUGUUGUCAACAAAAUGCCUAAAGGAAAGUACAAGUUCUUACAGAAAUAUUAUCAUCGUGGAGCAUUCUUUCUUAAUGAAGAAGAUCAAGUGUACAGACGAGAUAUUACUAAUCCAACUUUGGAAGAUCAUUUUGAUAAAACAGUUCUCCCUAAAGUCAUGCAAGUUAAGAAUUUUGGAAGAUCUGGUCGAACAAAAUAUACACAUCUUGUGGAUCAAGAUACAACUUCGUUUGAGUCUCCCUGGGCGCAGGAGAACACCUUAAAUCUUAAAUUUCAAGCCACUCAUUCAGCAGCAGGGAAACAAGUUUUCGAGAAACCAUCGAAGCGGAGAAAAUGAUAAGAAGAAAACAACCAGGUUUGACAUUUACCACCGAAUAUUCUGGCUGAACCUAUGCGGGAUGUCCUUCAGAGUAUAUUUAUAUGAAUCUCACAGUCGAGUUCACUCGCGAACCUUUCAUAAACUACUGUAGCUUUAUUUCACCUAAAAACUACAGACGCAUUGCCCACAUUCCGUCGAUCUCAUGUUAACGGGUCGUUUUUGUAAAAAGAUCGUUUUUUUGGCUAACAAUAACAGUACAUCAAUUACUGUUGAUUCAAAGUCAAUUGUCUUGUCAAUGUUAGAAAUUAAAAAUCGUUUAAAUUACUAUCAGCGAAUGUAAAAAUGUGUUCGUUCUUAUGAAGCUACAUGCAUUCUCUCGAAAUGUAUCUUCAGAGAUUUCAUGUUGAAUUCUUGUGCCAAAAUUCCACAUAUAGAAUUCAAUUAUAGAAGAAUUUGUUUCUUGCAUGUGUGUUUAGCCGAAGUUUAGAAUGAAAGAAUAAGACAAUGAAGAAACAUGACGAAUACGAUGCCGACUACAUUAUCAUUGAAAUGUGUUCGUGUAUAAACAAAGACUUCCUUGUCUCUCCGUGUAUAGUAAAUCUAAUUUUGUUAGCUGUGUAGGGAUUAAAAUAUUUAUGACCAAAAAAGGAUGCCGUUUGAUUUAAAAUCCCUUUCAAUGCGAAGUAACAUACUGUAUAUGUGUUUAGUAAUCUGUGACUUGUUUAACCCGUGUUUUUUCUGAAGUCAUGGAAUGUGUGAAAUCAAGUUCAUACCAUAAACCACCACUUUAUAAACAAAUAGAGCAAUUUCAUUUAUUUAAAAUACAAGAAGAGUUGUACAAGGUUGAACCUCUGGUUAAAAUUAGGAUCGAAUUAUUGCAUACGCGGGGAUGAAUUACCUCACGUGGAUGAGGAUGCUAUCACGCUUUCUAUUAUGCAAUGUGCAUGGUAUAAUUUCCCAGUUGUAAACAUCGAUGUUUUGAUAAUAACGCAAACUAGAGCAUAUAAGAUGAUGGAUAGUGUUUGUCAAAAGUGAUGUGUUUCUAAAUUUACUCAUCCAUAAAAUACUACGUAUGUAACAGUGCCUAUUUUUUAAAUUAACCUUUGUAUUGGUCGAAAUUUACUGGCUAAUUACUCUAUUGGGGAUUAAUU